AUGGGCACCAAUGACAAACUCUCAAAGGAUGAAGGAGGGGAGGAUGUAGAUGAGCGACUAUACAGAGGAAUGAUUGGGAGCCUGUUGUAUCUGACAGCUAGCCAUCCAGACAUAUGUCUGUCAGUGGGGAUCUAUGCACGCUAUCAAGCCAAGCCUAAGAUGUCACAUUUACUAGCAUUAAAGAAGAUCAUCAAGUACAUCAAAGGAACGGUGAACUUUGGUAUUUUCUACACCAAGGACACCAACACCAAUCUGAGUGGGUAUUGCAAUGGUGAUUGGGCAGGAUCUAUAGAUGAUCGUCGUAGUACAAGUGGAGGAUGCUUCUUCAUGGGAAACAACCUGAUAUCAUGGCACAGCAAGAAGCAAAAUAUUGUCUCACUAUCAACCGCUGAGGCUGAAUUAGGAAGUUGUUGCACACAGCUCCUAUAG